AUGGGUAACGCGUGCAUCACGCAAUCACAUACCGCCAGUAUGAUUCCAGUGGAACAGCAUGAGGCUGUGCUCAAGGAAUAUCGCGACCGGAUCGCGACUCUGGAGCGAGCCCUCAAGGACAAAGAAAACGAACUCGAUCGCACCCAGCAACAAUUGGCUCAGACCACGCGUGAACGGGAUGAGCUCCAGGCCCAGGUCACGGGCCUCAAGCAAGCAUCUCCCACGAAGCAACUCUCACCCCGCAAGAAUACCAAAGCAACCGCUGUGCAGAAGCGCGUGCCCCAAGUCGGCGACAAAGUCAUUGCCCACUGGAUCGGCUGGCAGUUUUAUCCCGCGCGUGUUGCCGCUUUUGAUCCCCGCUCCCUCAAGUACACGGUCAACUGGGACGAUGGCGAUACGUCGCACCGCGAACAGCAUCUGGAGCAUGUGGCCCUCGAUCUGAUGCCUGAGCAGGAUGAAGUGGGUGUGGGCACGGCCAUCCUGUUUCCACAAGGCCGCUACCGAGCCGAAGUUGAUCGAGAGGCUGGAGAACAUUGGCACCUGGGCGAAAUCACUGCCGUACAUCAAUUGCCCGAUGGCACAACCCGCUACGAUGGAAAGCACCUCAAGGGCGAAGCCGAUGGCAAGAGGCGUCAUCACGAGAACUUUGAAAACUACCCCUUGGACCGACUCCGCUUGCCGCCAAACGUGUUCAUGGCUGUUGAUGAUGCCAUGGAAGACGACGAUGAUGAUGGCGAGGAGGUGCGCAUCUGUGACGUCUUUUUCAUGUUUCACGCAAAGAACGCAAGCACUCGCAUUCAAAACCCGGACGCGCUACCCAACUACGCCGAUGCCAACGCCAUGACCUCAGAUCCGAGACAAAUUCGAUCGGAUAUUGAAGCGGCUGGGCUCUCAUGUUGGGUACCGGAGGAGCAUCCUGGCGUAUCAAUCGCACACAUGACACGAGCUUUGCGUGGCGCCAAAGUAGUGGUUGCAUGUGUCUCCAAUGAGUUUGCUAUGGACAAAGACACGCGUAACCUCUUCCAGUUUGCCAAGAAGACAGCCCGCAAGCCUUGCAUCCCAAUUACGACAGUAGUAGGCUUCCUCAUCUCAGGAGAGCUCUACAUCAACUUUCAAGAUGUAGCUCUUUACAAUAGCAAGCGCAACGAACUUGUGGCCGCUGUCCGCACGGCUUUGGCCGACCCCAACCAAUCCAACGCCAUUGUGGCCAACAACCCGCGUGCCGCUCCCGACGACGCUCCCACAGACGUUUUCAUCUCCUACUGCUGGAACAACUCUUGCCAGGCUCAGCGUGUCGAUGGUGUCUCCAAUGUCGUCGGUACGGAGUAUAAUGAUCCGCGUCGCAUCAAAUCCUUCCUUGAGCAGAACGGUUUCAAGGUCUGGAUCGACGUGGAUCGCCUUGAGAGUGGUGGCGCCGGCCUCUUUGAAGAACUUGCGCUGGGCCUGCAAAAUACCAAGCUCGUAGUCGCCUUUGUGAGCGACGAGUAUGCCAUGUCGGAGAACUGCCGGACGGAAUUUCAGUUCGCCUGCAAGAGUCUGAAAAAACCCAUCGUGCCCAUUGUGGUUGGCCAGGGUGACAAGUGGCAAAUGACCGUGGUCGGCCUUCUCAUUGCUGGCAUGUCCCACGUCGAGCCUCUGCAACUUCGCAAUUUGGUCGAAGCCAACCACCAAGGAGCGUGGAAUUCGAUUUUGGCUCAAGUCAAGAAGCACGUCGCUGCAGACAAGGUGGGCGCGCGUGUCAGCUCCGUCGACUUUGGCUCAAGCACGCUCAUUCAGGUUGAUGAAUUUGUUUUGCCUGUUUGUGCGCGUGUUUAUUUCGUCAACAAGGCGAGUUUGGGUGCCUCGCCACCAGCACCAGUCAUGGAUUUGGACGUGAUUCAACCUGGCGACAAGGUCAUUUCGCACUGGGUGCGAUGGCAGUUCUAUCCCGCCAAAGUUAUCAGCGUCAACCGUGAAACACGAAAGUAUGAGAUUCAAUGGGACGAUGGUGAUGUCACAGGCCGUGAUCAGCCGUUUGGUUUGGUUGCCAAAGAUAUCACGCCUGCAGCCGAUGAGAUUGGCGUGGGCUCCCAGGUGUUCUUUCCGCAAGGCCGAUACAAAGGCAACGAUGACUACAACCGCUCCAGUGGCAUCCACUGGCAUUUGGGCCAGGUGGACAAGAUUGAUAAGGGUGAGGGUGGCGAGCUGCUCUUUAGCGGCUUUCAUCUCAAGGGCGAGGCCGAUCAGAAAUGGGUUACUUUCUCAGGUUAUGCACCUCGCUUCGAAAACCUGCCUGCAUCCGAGUUGCGUGUCUCGCCCAACAUGAUCAGCAUGUUGAUGGCCUAG